AUGAUAUCAAACAUCAAAUACGUUAAUCAUGCCGCUGUAUUAGGUAGUGGUGCAUUUGGCACAGCACUCGCCUGUGUGCUCGCAAAGAAGGCCAAGACCGUCUCAGCAUGGCAUAUUAAUGCAAAGGAAGCAGAAACAAUGGAUAAUGAGGGAGAGAAUAAAUUUUUUCUAAAAGGUGUAAAAUUACCAAAAAAUUUAUUUCAUACUGCAAAUACUGAAACGUGUGUAAAAGAAGCUGAUAUUCUUCUUGUUACUAUUCCUACUCAAUUUAUUCGUUCAUUUUUUAAGAAAAACAGAGAUGUUAUUCAAAAACACAUCAUAGAACGUAAUAUACCUAUUGUUGUUUGUUCUAAAGGUAUUGAAAAAUCUACUUUGCGAUUUCCUACAGAAAUUCUUCAAGAAUUUUUUCCACAAUAUCCGUUUACUGUUCUUGCAGGUCCUUCUUUCGCCAUUGAAGUGGCUAAAGGUAUACUUACUCAUGUUUGUACAGCUAAUGCAGAUAUUAAAAAAGCUCAAGAGGUACAACGUAUAUUAACUACUCCAGAUGGAUCUUUCCGAUGUUGGUCUACUACGGAUACAAUUGGAUGUGAAGUUGCGAGUGCAGUAAAAAAUGUAUUGGCUAUUGCAUCUGGUAUGUAUAAGGGUCUUGGAAAUGAACUUAAUGCUCGUGCUGCCCUUAUCACACGAGGUCUUCUUGAAAUUCGAGAUUUAAGUCUUGCUCUUGGUGGUACAGGUGAAGCAGUAUUCGGACUCGCCGGUCUUGGUGAUCUUCUUCUUACUUGCUCUUCUGAAUUAUCAAGAAAUUUUACCGUUGGACUGAAACUUGGACAAGGUAUAUCCCUCGAAGAGAUACAACGUACCAGCAAGGCUGUCGCAGAGGGAGUGGCCACCGCAGAGCCACUUGAACGCCUUGCGGCAAAGUGUAACGUACAUCUCCCUAUCGCUCAAGUGGUGUACAAGGUAUUGUAUGAAAAGAAAAAUGUACGAGAGGCAUUUGAAAAGCUAAACACCUGCCCUUUGUCAGACGAAGGUCUUCCACCGCUGGUACGCACCUCCAAACUUUAA